AUGGUUGUUCCUCUCGGACCCGGCAAGUUCUACGGCAGCAGUCUCCCCCGUCCCCGCUACUACACCGACGUCAAGUUCAACGAUGAGCGUGUCGAUCCACCCACGCCGGUCCUCGAUCCGCUUCUCUCAUGGGCGAACGAGGCUCACUGGUCAAUGGGAGGUCUCAGCUUCAAUCGCCUGAGACUUCAGGGUCGAAUCGAAGGCAAUAUCAACAAGCUUCGAACUGAGCGUGAGAAGAUUGCUAAGAAGAAGAAAGUAGAGACGCCAGAGAGAUCUGACUCAGAUCUCAGAGACGAUGCUGUUCGCCGGUCGAAGAAGUCGAAAUCAGUAUCACCACCGCCAGUGCCAAUUGCAACUAAGAGACGGCGAUUGAUGCCAUUGUUUGACGCUGAGGAGGAUGAUGUUGGUGAGCACAAGGAAGAAAUUAGGGUUGUGAAGAGGAGAUUGGUGAAGAAGCUGGGAGAUGAUUUCGAUCGAGUCGCUGUGGAGGGGAAGAAGAACCAGUUGAAAGGUUCGAGGGAUCGAAAUUUGGAAGUCAAUGGGAUCGAUGAAUCUGUAAUGAAGAUUGUUGAGGAGAUUAACGAUCAAAGUACAAAGGGGAAGAGUAGUGGAAAAAAACUGGAAAAUGAUUCAAUUUCUGCCACUAGAACUUCUCCCAGAUUAGCUAAUAAGCGUAGAUCAAAUUGA